AUGGCGCACCUCGCCGACGCCCUCAAAACGAAGGGGAACGAAGCAUUUCGAAAUGGGGAGUUCCUGCAAGCCGAGGAGUUUUAUACCCAAGCCGUGCAGAAGUAUUCGAGGAAUCCGUUGAUUUUUACGAAUCGAGCGAAUGUGAGGUUGAAGUUGCAGAAGUGGGAGGAGGCGGUCAAUGACUGUUUGAGGAGUAUUGAAAUUACGGGGCCGAAUGGGCAAAAUCACAAGGGCUUUUACUUUCUGGCCCAGGCCCAACUCGCCCUCCACCACCCUCACGAAGCUCUCUCCUCCGCCCUAACAGCCUACGACCAAGUCCUGCAUCCCGCCCCAGCCACAAAGAUCUCCCCACAAGACCUCCAAACCUUCUCCGCCUUCGUGCUCAAAUGCAAGAAAGCCAAAUUCGCCGUCCGCGACCGCGAACGUCUCCGCCGUCAAGGCUCCCUCCUCGCCGAACUCGAAGACAGCCUCGAACUCACCAAACAACGCGAACUGGACUCCAUCUCCUCCCAACUCCACUCGCGAUCCCUCGGACUCGUCGAAGCAAACGAACGUUCCGCCGAGGUGACCUCCACAUUCGCCACCAAGAUCGCCACCCUACGGUCUGUUUUCGAGGCAGCGGACCCGCAAAACCAUAAACCGAGGGAGAUUCCCGAUCAUUUGAUUGAUAUGAUUACUUUCGAGCCGAUGCAUGAUCCGGUCAUUACGAAGAAUGGACAUAGUUAUGAGAGAGCGACGAUUUAUGAGCAUUUGAAACGGAGUGCGACGGAUCCGUUGACGAGGGAAGGGUUGAAGGUGGAGGAGUUGAGGAGUAAUUAUGGGUUGAAGGCGGCUUGUGAUGAGUUUUGGGAGAGUGGGGCUAGUGCUUCCAAUCUGCUCCGCACGGAUGGAUAUCUUCCACAACAUCACAUCACCUCCUGA